GCGGGGGGAAUCACCUUGACAUGUCAUUCGUAUUUGAGCCGGCAUUACAGCUACACGCGAUUGUUGAAGCAGUGAUUUCCGCGAUCUUGAAUCUGUGUGAAUUUAUAAUACAAUAAACAAAUUUCAUAACAAUGGGUGGAAAAUGGUCCUCAAUGGAUCCAAUGCACAUCGAAGUACCUGAACUGAAAACUCUACUAGAAAGGGAUCCGUACUUGGCGCCGUACGAAAAGGAGAUUCGGAAGAGGUAUGCGAUAUUCAAAGAUUACGUGGAAAAAAUUGAGGUGGCGGAAAAGGAUUUUGAUCAAUUUUCCCUGGCAUAUAAACACUUUGGAGUGCAUAUUAACCCAGACAACAGCGUAACAGCUUUGGAAUGGGCGCCGGGAGCUAGAGAACUUUUUCUUACCGGCGACUUUAAUGGUUGGGAUCGCACUAAAACUCCAUACAAGAAACUCGAUUAUGGAAAAUGGGAGCUGAAACUGGAGCCAAAUCUUGACGGUUCCAGCCCCAUUCAACAUUUGUCAGAAGUUAAAGUUAUUGUGAGAAAUAAUAAUGGCGAAUUAUUGGAAAGACUGAGCCCUUGGGCAUCUUACGUUACUCAACCGCCAAACCGCUCUGAAGGGACAACUUUCAAGCAAAGAAUAUGGCAUCCAACUGAUGACAAGAUCUACAAGUUUAAAUAUCCAAAACCAAAACGACCCAAGAGUCUAAGGAUAUACGAAUGCCACGUGGGAAUUGCGACUCAGGAAUUGCGAGUCGGGACAUACUUAGAGUUUGCAAAAAAUAUCAUACCCAGAAUUGUUAAGCAGGGUUAUAACUCCAUCCAAUUAAUGGCGGUCAUGGAACAUGCUUAUUACGCCAGUUUUGGAUAUCAGGUGACUUCAUUUUUCGCAACCUCUUCGCGUUAUGGAACACCUGAAGAGUUAAAGGAGUUGAUAGAUGAAGCUCACAAGCACGGAUUGGUAGUUCUUUUAGACAUAGUCCAUUCUCACGCUUCAAAGAACACCUUGGAUGGAUUGAAUGAGUUCGAUGGAACAGAUUCUUGCUUCUUUCACUCAGGCUUCAGAGGCGAACAUCCUCUGUGGGGUAGUCGCUUAUUCAAUUACGCGGAAUUCGAGGUUGUCAGAUUCCUACUAUCAAAUUUACGUUGGUAUGCUGAAGAGUUUGCAUUCGAUGGAUUCAGGUUUGACGGUGUCACGUCCAUGUUGUACCAUUCUAGAGGGAUGGGAGAAGGAUUCAGUGGUCAUUACGACGAAUAUUACGGUCUCAAUGUAGACGUUGAAGGAGUAGUUUAUCUAAUGAUGGCUAAUCAUAUGCUGCAUAAACUUUAUCCUGAAAUGAUAACCAUUGCCGAGGACGUUAGUGGAAUGCCGGCAAUUUGCAGGCCAGUUGCAGAGGGAGGAGUAGGCUUUGAUUACCGCCUAGGAAUGGCGCUUCCUGACAAGUGGAUUAAAUUGUUGAAGGAGUGUAAAGAUGAGGAUUGGAAUAUGGGGGACAUCUGUUGGACAUUGAGCAAUCGUCGCUGGAUGGAGAAAACUGUGGCUUAUUCCGAAUCCCAUGACCAGGCGCUAGUCGGUGACAAAACAAUCGCCUUUUGGUUGAUGGACAAAGAAAUGUACACGCACAUGAGCGAGCUAAGCCCCCCCAACAACCUCGUCUCGCGUGGAAUUGCUCUCCACAAUCUUAUUACUUUGAUUACUCACGGACUUGGCGGUGAAGCUUAUCUCAAUUUCAUUGGUAACGAGUUUGGGCAUCCUGAGUGGCUAGAUUUUCCUCGGGCAGGAAAUGGAGACAGUUACCACUAUGCAAGGCGGCAAUGGAACCUUGUAGAUGACCCAAUCCUUAAAUAUAAGUACAUGAAUAAUUGGGACCGAGAAAUUAAUCUUUUGGAAGAAAAAUAUGGCUGGCUGCAUGCUAACCCUGGCUACGUAAGUUGGAAACACGAAGAUGACAAAGUGAUAGUAUUUGACCGAGCAGGACUUGUGUUUGUCUUUAAUUUUCAUCCGACGAAGUCAUUCCCUGAUUACGCUAUAGGCGUGAACGAACCUGGAGUUUAUCAGAUAUUACUGAGCAGUGAUGACGCUCAAUUUGGCGGCGAAAAUCGCAUCGAUACCAGCAUCAAGCAUUUCAGUAAACCAGAACCAUUUGCUAACCGUCCGCACAGACUUUAUGCCUAUGUUCCCUGUCGUACAGCUAUAAUUUUAAAUCGAGAAUCCUGAUUAUAGUUACGUGAAUUAGAUACUUUCGUAUUUUGAGAGUAGCAUUACAGAACUGUUGUAACGCUUGUUUGAAUAAUCAAAAUAAUGAUGUGCAUAAAUUUCAUUUUUCAUCUUACUUUUGUAAGUAUUUGACAAUCGCGCAUACAUGCAUGAAGAGUCUGUAAUAUAUAAUAGAGACAAUACACAAAGAAUUUGGUACAAAACCGUGGAAUUUCUUAGUUUUCUUUUUUGCUGUUGUAAAGAAAUCUUGAACGAAGUUUUCAAAACUUACGUUUUUUCAACAUCAUGUCUUAUGGUAAAAUCGAUGUAUAUGUACAAAGAAUUAUUGUACAAAAAUUAAUUGCGAACGAUUUUUUAAAACUUGUAUAAUACGAGAAGUUACUGUUAAGAGGAUAAUAAAUUUUUGGGAAAUAAUAUGCAUGAAAUGAUCUAUACUAUAUCCUUCAAUACAAAAAUUACUAUAAUGAA